AUGGACAAUAAUGGUCUCCAGGAACUUGGGGAGUCUCAGUCACCCAGAGCAUUGGCUUCGGUGAUUCAAGCGUUUCAGAGAGCGGGAAACGCAAGGCGGCAAAACACAUUGGAAGGGUUCACGAGUGAUAGGGAACGAGAAAGAAGAAUAGAUAAGGAAAGGAGAGACCGGCUUAAGGAGAAAACCCGACGAGCGGCGGGGAAAGGAACAGGAGAUAUUGAUGUUGUUCUUAACGAUGUCAAAGAUGAAUGGGAGGAUAUUCUCUCUGAGGAUUUUAAUCCUGUCACAUUGGCCCUCUCUCUUUUAGAUACAUCCUCUGCAGGUCGCGAUUUCCAAUCUUUCAUUGAUUCAAAAUUCUCUCUCGAGCGCGCUUUGAAGGGGUCCAUUGACAAGCACUACAAGGCGUUUGCUCAGUCAUUGCCCCACCAUGCGAAUGUUUUCACUUCUCUUUCAAAAACGCAAGAAGAUACAUCACAGGCUCGCACUAACCUGAUUGAGUCACGCGAUGCUCUGGGCAGCAAACGAGCUGAUCUCGCGCAGCUGUGGUCAAGGGGUCAGGCCCUUGAGGAGAUGAUGCGCUUGCUAGAUCAGAUCGAGAAGCUCAAGGCCGUCCCUGAUCUUUUGGAGUCAUUGAUAUCUGAAAAGAGGCUGCUUCAAGCCGCUAUUUUACUCGUCAAAAGUCUGAAAAUGAUCAACAGGCCUGAUAUGCUGGAAAUUGGAGCGGUAUCUGAUUUAAGAAGCUAUUUGACUUCUCAAGAGACUGGUUUACGCGAUAUAUUACUGGAGGAACUACAAAGCCACCUAUAUUUAAAAGCAUUCUGGUGCGAUAGACGCUGGUCUGCAUAUACCCCCAAUCAAGACACCUUCCCUUCCGUGGAGUUUGACCAGUUAGAUGAUAUUGGGCGUUCUAUCGUUUCCGACCCGGUAACCUCCCACCAUCCACGGAUGGACCGCUACCUCAAGCAUUUAUCGUUGCGUACUUCCAACGAGUCACCAAUGAAUCUGGAAGACCCCAGUGAUCUCACAGUUUCGAGUCUUCGUGAAAGGACUCUCGGGUCCUCCCUCUAUAAUGCUGUGGCAUCACAAGCAAGCGAUUCGCUCCCAAUGUUGCCGUCAAAGCCACUCACGUCUCCUGACGACGAGAAUCCUGAAUAUGAUUCAUUCACUUUCAUUGAGUCACUUUUAGAAGCACUUGCGGUCCUUGGGAAGCUAGUUAGUGUGCUGGAUACGGUUGUUCAACGUCUGCCAGCCGAAUUGUUCCAUUUGGUGGAAAAAACUAUCGAAGAGGUCCACGAGCGUUCGGACUUUCUCCGUGGUAUCGGGUUGUCUCGCUUCCGCAGCCCAACAGUAUCUACUGCUGUUAGAACUGCCGCAUACACCUUCGCUGACACACCUCGCUCUGCACAUGACGCUUCCUCGUCGCUCCGGUUGAUCGUGCUAGAAGCUACUUCGAAGGAAUCUGAUCUUGAAACUCUUAGGGAUCUCUUUUGGACACUGUUCUCCAAGCUGAAUGCCGUACUUCAGGGAUUCCGUGUGACCUACGAGGUUUCCAACCGCAUUAGCAGUAGACGAGACUUUAAAGAUUCUUCGGGGAUCCAGUUUGGCUCAUUAAUUCCUUUGGCAGACGUGUGGAGUCCGGUUCAGACUGAGAUCAGCCAGCUGAUUAAGCUCUAUCUUCGAGACGAGGAUAACCUGUCCGUCUCGAGCCGUAACCCGAUCGCUUCAAUCAAUGUCGUGCUGAGUGGCCAAGGUCGCGAGAAGCCUCUAAGUGUGUUUAAGUUCGCCGACACCGACUUUAAGGCGUCAGGUCGUGCUCUUCGGAAGCACGACGAUGAACUGUCAAAAGUCCUUAAAGAGAUGGUUCCUGGUUUAGUGACAGGCUCUACCGAAAUUGCUUCAACAUCGGUCUCGGCUCUUGCAGCCGAUGAUCGCUUCUCAGGAACAAGCGAGCAUCGCCUUCUGAUUCGACCCCACGCAUUUCAUGUUACCGCUUUAUUCCGACCAACUCUUAUGUGGCUUGAUUCCAUCUCAUCCGUCCUCACACAUACCGGAGCGCCCCUCAUGCUCUCUGAGGCGCAGUCUAUACUUAACGACUUCGUACUAAAUAUUUACUUGCCGCAACUAGAAGAACGCGUCAUCUCGCUCUCACGAGAGUCAUUCAGCGGUCUCGACGCGUUUCAUGAGGAUAUUGGUUGGACAUCACUUUCAUCCCACCCACUGGUCAAAUCGAGCGUGCAUCUCAUCGCCCUUGUCAAUUCAUUGUGCACGAUGAUGCAACAUGCCCCCUUCCACCAAGAACACUACGCUCGUCUAAUUUUAAUAGUGGUUGAUCAGUACUAUCAACGAUGUAAUGAUCGAUUGCAGUUAUUUACAAAGCCAUCCAGAGAAGAUAUCGAACAGGAUAAAUUCGCAUAUUUAAGACCAGCCGCCUGGGCACAGAAACCGGAGAUGGUGUCAUUGUUAAACGUCCUUUUUACCGCCGGAGCACAAGCCUCACGGGAUGAGGCCUGUUCAAAAGAAACCAUUCACGAGGGCGCUCUACUAGAGAUAUCCCCCAUCCAGAGAAAAGAUAAUCUUGGUCCCAUCAGAAAUGUAACAAGUUUGGCUAACUUAUAUCAAUCAUUAUUAUGGCUCAUGAUACAAUUUAUACGCCUUCGUCAGAUUGCCGAAGAACCCAACAGUCCUGUCUCUGCGGUUGAAACUCCGAGACCAACGUCAACCCCAAUAACGUCGGACUCUUAUCUUUUCUCCGAUCACUUGUCUGCUCCACGCCAAGACAGUACAGAGUUGCGACUCCCAUUGACGCGUGCCAUGCUUUUGCGCUUCGAUGCUCUGCUGACGAUCUAUGAUCGAUUAUCAGAGCACAUUUUAUACUCAGUCAGAAUCGAUUUACGGUGUCGCACUUAUUUUCAUCUGCAAAGCGGGAUUCGCAGAUCAUCCUAUCAAAUCGACCAAGAAGCGUCGGAACCUGACCCAUUCAUUGAUGAGUUGAAUGAGGAAAUAACUGCAUAUGACAACUGUCUUGUUGCCACAUUACCCGAUCGUGAGCGUCGUUUUGUGUUCGAAGGCCUGGGGUCACUUAUGGAACACAUCCUUAUCACUGAAGUUCGAUCCAUCCGCCUAGCAAACGCAGAAGGUGUUCGGAAGAUGCUGAGGAAUAUAGUGGCACUACAUCAGGGUCUUCGUUCCAUCGAAGCUAUGUCUCAGGACGUCAACACAGGGUUCGAAAGGGCUCGUAGAUUUUAUUCAUUAUUUUUCCUUGGCCCUUCGGCUAUGCUGGACACUGUGAGAGAACGACCACAGUUCAGUUUUAGCGAAUACAAAGCUAUGCUAAAACUCCAGAGUGGGGUGGAUCAAACUCUUGCAGAUGGUGCGCCGGCGGGGGACCCGGAUUACAAGUUACUCCUACUUGAUUUGGAGGCAUUGACAAUUGGAGACGACUAA